AUGGGGCAGGAACAGGCAAAAUGGGUCUCUGUCCCCCCCCCAGCUCUGCAGCUGCCGCUGGUGAGCGACGGCGGGGGCCGGGCCGUGCUCCCCGAGGGCACCCAGCACCCGCCGCCCCCCUCCCGCCCCCGCAACAUGCUGGGGCUGCCCCAGCCGCCCUUCCUGGUGCCCCGCAGCAUGGAGAGCAUCGAGAUCGACCAGAAGCUGCAGGAGAUCAUGAAGCAGACGGGCUACCUCACCGUGGGGGGGCAGCGCUACCAGGCGGAGAUCAACGACCUGGAGAACCUGGGGGAGAUCGGCAGCGGCACCUGCGGGCAGGUCUGGAAGAUGCGCUUCCGCAAGACGGGCCACGUCAUCGCCGUCAAGCAAAUGCGGCGCUCGGGGAACCGGGAGGAGAACAAACGGAUCCUGAUGGACCUGGACGUGGUGCUCAAGAGCCACGACUGCCCCUACAUCGUCCAGUGCUUCGGCACCUUCAUCACCAACACCGACGUCUUCAUCGCCAUGGAGCUGAUGGGCACCUGCGCCGAGAAGCUCAAGAAACGCAUCCAAGGUCCCAUCCCCGAGCGCAUCCUGGGCAAGAUGACGGUGGCGAUCGUGAAGGCUCUUUUCUACCUGAAAGAGAAGCACGGGGUGAUCCACCGUGACGUCAAACCCUCCAACAUCUUGUUGGACGAGCGGGGUCAGGUCAAACUCUGCGACUUCGGCAUCAGCGGCCGCCUCGUCGACUCCAAGGCCAAGACCCGCAGCGCCGGCUGCGCCGCCUACAUGGCCCCCGAGCGCAUCGACCCCCCCGACCCCACCAAGCCCGACUACGACAUCCGCGCCGACGUCUGGAGCCUCGGCAUCUCCCUGGUGGAGCUGGCCACGGGGCAGUUCCCCUACCAGAACUGCAAGACGGAUUUCGAGGUGCUGACGAAGGUGCUGCAGGAGGACCCCCCGCUGCUGCCCCCUGCCAUGGGCUUCUCUGGGGACUUCCAGGCCUUCGUCAGGGACUGCCUCACCAAGGACCACAGGAAGAGACCAAAGUACAACAAGUUACUGGAACACAACUUCAUCAAGCGCUACGAGACGCUGGAGGUGGACGUGGCCUCCUGGUUCAAGGACGUCAUGGCCAAGACAGAGUCCCCUCGCACCGGCGGUGGCCUCAGCCAGCACCACCUGCCCUUCUUCACCAGGUAGCACCCGCCGCCCGCCCCCGCCCGCGCCGGCCGUGACGCCCGCCGUGGCCGUGACACCCUCCCGUGACGCCCGCGGUGGCCGUGACGCCCGCGACGGCCACCGCGUGCCCCGGCAGCCACCCGGACACCCGCGGCACGACGCGUCCCGGCGCGUCCUGCCGCGUCCCGGUGCGCCCUGGCGUGUCACGGCGCAUCCAAGCCUGUCACAGUGUGUCCCAGGACAUCCCGGUGUGUCCCAGCGUGUCCCCACGUGUCCCGGCACGUCCCAGUGUGUCCUGGUGUGUCCCUGGUGUGUUCUGACGUGUGACAGCACGUCCUGGCCUGUCCCAGUGUGU